AUGGGCGUCAUAGACAUUCCCAAGGAGGCUGAGAAUGCCAUGGGGUACAUCGUCAGCGCCAAGAACAUCAUGCGCGGCUGGAUCACGACGUGGCAGAAGAGCACUACUUCCAGCAACGCGGUCGACUACAAAAACCGGGAGGCCGGAAUCAACGCGUUCAUCGCGCGGCUAGACAAGGUGUGGCUCUUCCUGUCCAACCUGCAGAAACAGACCGAGGAGCACACGCCGGCCGUCGGCGCCGCGCUGGUCACGCUGAAAGAGGUGGCCAGGAAGCUCACCAGGAGCUUCCCGUCUGGCUACACCUUGACCGAUGUCGGCAACGUCGUCAGCGAGCUCGAGCAGGCGCGCGAUGCCGUCCGGCGCGCGCGGCCCGGCGACUUGCACCACGCUGAGGGUAAUAAGCAGCUUAAGGGCGGGAAGAUCCAGAUCAAUGGCUCCCUCGCCGCUACCCAGAAUAAGGACCGCCGCCUGGUCGUUGAGUCCAGGUUCAACGAGUCCAGUGAUGGCACGCAGAUCAACGCCCCUGUCUUUGGCACCGCGGAUGAUGUGCAGAAGAUGUUUCUGGCCAUGAAUGGAGUCAGGGCGUAA